AUGCUCUCCAUGCGCUCUCUAUUGCAGGCCAUGCGCCCUGCCCACACUGUCUUUACUCGACACACCACUCGCAUGCCCUCGCGCCUUAUCUCAACACAGCUUUUCGCUCCUUCUCGUUCACAAAUCCCUACCCUCUAUCAGCGCAACCUUACACCUUCAAUAACUCUCCGCCAAAACUCAACUACCACCCCAUCAAAACCUCUUACCGACCGCCCCGAAACCCAAGAUCAAGAGGGUGAAAAGAACAACGAGGAUCGCCGCAAGGAGGAAGAAGCCUACCGCAUCGUGUUUACUUGCAAGCCAUGCAGCCACCGCUCCUCGCACCGCAUGUCCAAGCAGGGCUACCACCGCGGCACGGUGCUCAUCCAGUGUCCCUCAUGCGACUCGCGCCACGUUAUCAGCGAUCACUUGGGCAUCUUCUUUGAUCAGAGCACCACACUGGAAGAUCUCUUGCAGCAGAGGGGCCAGGUGGUCACGCGCGGCCAUACAGAUGGCAAUAUGGAGUUCUGGGAGGAUGGGACGGUGAAGAGGGUUGACGAGGAGGGGAUUCCGCAGCCUCUGGAGUCGGAGCAGGAGACGCCUUCGGAGGAGCCAAAGUCGUCUUAA